AUGGCGCGGGCCGGGCCCGGGCGGGCGGAGCUGGGCCCGCCGGUGGGGCUGGUGCUGGGGGCGGCGGCGGGGGCCGCGCUGGGCCUGCUCUGGGCGCUGCGGCGGCGGCGGGGCGGCGGCGGGACGGCGGGGGAGGACGCGGAGGCGGCGGCGGGGCGGCCCGGCCAGGGCAGCCUGGGCCCUGCGGGCGGGACGGGAGAGCAGGAGCAGCCCUGCAGCUGGGCUGUGCCCGGGGUGCUGGCUGCUGCUGGGGCAGGGGGUGGUGCUGAGCACACCCCUGUCCUGAGGCACGAGCAGCAGGUGGAUGUGCUGGAGCGCCUGGACUCUGUCCUGGGAAACAUCCUGGAGCUGAGGAGGGAGGUGGAGGAGCUGCGGAGCAGCCUGCAGGGCCUGGCUGCAGAGAUCGUGGGCCAAGUCAGGUCCCAGCUGGAGGAAACGCAGCGAGGGAGUCGCCGGCGGCAGUUCCCGUGGGGCAGGGAGAGGAGUGAUUCCACUGCCUCCAGCUCCAUUUAUUUCACAGCCAGCUCUGGAGCAGCCAACACGGAUGAUGGGGAAAGUGAAGGAGGGUACACCACGGCCAACGCCGAGUCUGACUACGACCGGGACACCGAGAGGGAGAGCGAAGAGGGGGAAGAUGCAGUGAGCUGUGACACGGUCAGGACCAUGCGCCGGGGUUCCCCGGAGCUGGGCCCUGAGGAUGAGCCCCAUGUGCCCUCGGAUUCCCAGCAGGAGGAAGGGCUGGGCCAGCUCCUGCAGCAGGCUGACCGCCUGCACUGCGGGGACGCGCAGGAGAAGAGGGAGGGCUUCCAGCUGCUCCUCAACAACAAGCUGGCGUAUGCAGAGCAGAAGGACUUUCUGUGGCGCCUGGCCCGGGCACACAGCGACAUGUGCGAGGUCACCGAAGACGCCGAGGAGAAGAGGACGUACGCCCUGGAGGGGAAAGAAGACCUGGAAGCUGCCUUACAGAAGUGGGAUGAGAGUGCUGAGUGCCAUCAGUGGUAUGCUGUGCUGUGCGGGCAGCUGGCGGAACACGAGAGCAUCCAGAAGCGCAUCCAGACCGGGUACGUUUUUAAGGAACACGUCGAUAAAGCGAUUGAGCUGAAACCAGAGGAUCCAAAGUCUCACUAUCUGCUGGGCAGGUGGUGUUACGAGGUGUCCCACCUGGGCUGGCUUGAGAAAAGAACUGCUGCUGCCUUGUUUGAGACGCCGCCGAGCGCCACGGUGGAGGAGGCCCUGCAGAGCUUCUUACGGGUUGAGGAGCUGAACCCGGGGUUUUCCAAAGCAGGAAGAGUCUACAUUGCCAAGUGUUACAGGGAACUGGGGAACAACUCUGCAGCUGCUCUCUGGAUGAAUCUUGCCUCGGAGCUGCCAGCUGGUACAAGAGAGGAUGCAGAAAGUGAGAGGGAGCUUGAAGAGAUGCAGACCAGCUUGGUGGAGUGAGGGGAUGAAGGCUCCUUUCCCCGGGUGCUGCAUGGGCAGAGGUGCCAGCUGGAGGCUCCUGGGAUCCAGAGGUGCCAGCUGGAGGCUCUUGGGGUCCCCACAGCUCUGAGUGCCCUGCAUGGACAAGCCCCAGGAAGAGAAGAGCAGGAGUCUCCUCAGCAGGUCCAGGAGGAGACCUCGGUGGGAGUUAAUUGGAUGGAACUUUGUGUUACUUUCCACAGCACUGAAUAUGUUUGAUUUUUAAAAUUCCUUUAAAGUGUCACAUUCCUAAGAGCUGGUGUGGGGUGUGUAGGUAGAACUUGUGAUACAGAAAUAUUUGUGAUUAUCUAUAUGUCAUAGAUACACGUGAGGUGCACACUUUGUGAUACAAAAUAUAUACCUAUUUAUAUAUGCA